AUGGAACAACGACCAUCACAUACCACAGCCCCCUGAUAUGGACACAAUUGAAUUCUCAAAAUCAUUUGAACAGUUUCUCCCUCCUCAACGGAAUACACCGUUCCCGGCGGUGGAGUUGCAGCCACGUCCAUAACUUCCGAUGGCGCGUCUCUCAAAUCUCUAUCUCUUCUGUUACAACUCCGUUCAAGCUUUCGGAUGGGCAGUUGCUUUAUUUAGAAUUUCAAUCGACUUCUUAUCUACAAAGUCGAUCAACGGUGCGUACGCUUCCGCCGGAGAACUAAUUUGUUUGCUACAAACUCUUGGAUUCAUAGAAGUGAUACAUGGAGCGGUAGGUAUUGUUCCUAGUGGAUUUUUAUUCCCUCUGAUGCAAUGGGGAGGAAGGACACAUUUCCUUCUUGCAAUUAUUCGUCGAAUAGAUGAGGUUCAUGAAUUACCAGUGGUUUUCAUUACAUUUGUUGCUUGGUGUUGCAUUGAGGUAAUUAGGUAUCCGUUCUAUGCUUUGAGCUGCUUGGGUAACUGCCCCUCUUUCCUUACCUACCUCAGGUAUACAGUUUUCAUCGUGAUUUAUCCAAUUGGGGUUGUGGGUGAAAUGUGGCUGAUGUACCAAGCACUCCCGGUUAUCAUGGAGAAAAACCUUUAUGGAGAUUACUUUUCUGCCAUGCCUUUCAGCUACCACGCAUUUGUCAAGGCGGUUCUCAUCUGCUACCCAUUUCUAUGGUUGCAACUGUAUCUCUAUUUGUUCAAGCAACGCCGUUCAAAACUACGUCCACGCAAUAAGGAGAAAAAGAGAGAGUGAGGAUUCAUAUUAUUUGGUCCGCAGUAAGUUGAGGUGAUGCCUCCCUUCUGCAUAGCUGUUAUCUUUGUGUAUUCAAAUAUGUGCCUUUUAGACCAUAUCCAAAUGAAGCAUUCAAAUACUUGCACAUUAUAGUAUUACACACUAGAUUCAAUUAUGUGUUUAGUCCACAAAUUCUUCAAAAACAUCGUAUUGGCUUCAUGCU